GAAAGUAAGAGGAUGUGAGCUGAUAUCUGAGUAGAGCUGGUGGUGUGUUGAGCUCACACACAACCACACACGUGUGAGUCUGGCCAAAAAGGAAAACAAACGUACUAUAGGUGGACAAAUACUCGAUAAUCGAAAUCCUGAGUGUGGACCAUUAUUUUGAGUUGGAUGGUUGAGCCUGACAGUCUGAAGACAAACAUCCAGGACGAGGAGGCUCUACAGUGUUUCAUGACUUCAUCAUGAGUCUGGACGUUAUUGGCUAAUGGGUCAGUGUGAUCUUUCAGCUGACAGGUGAGUGUAUGUGUCGGCCUGUAGAGCUCGAGCUUUUACCCAAACCCUCAGAGAGCGAUUUCCCUCCCGUCUUGAGGCUCAAAAAUACUUCACUGUGAUUCAACAACACCGAAAUAGAGAAUCAGAAAGUUCCAGCACAGCAGAGAGGAGCGGAGGGUGACUGUGCCGGAGCAACCUGAGCAGAAACGUCAACAGCGCUUUAAAGAACCAGAGCAUUUAGAUUGUUCUUCAGCGAGAAGACUGGAGUCUGCAGAACAGUCUGAGCCGAGACACUGGGACAUUUUUAGAUUCAAGAGGAUUGAUUUAUUUGGAGAUGGAUGCAUUUUCCAGAACCAGAACAGUCUUGUGACAAAGUGAGGUUAAAGUAAUCAGGACUACUUAUAUGUGGUCGAUGUCAGGACACUGGACAACAUCACAUGACUUGAGUUAACCGUUAGACUCCACAUCAUCCUUCACUGAGGAACAUCCAACCCCAACACUCAACAGAAGCCUCUCUGAGGCCUUGAAGGUCUCUUCCUCUCAAAGGUCUCUUACACCAACCCAGUCAUGGAUCUGCAAGGAGGUCCAUACCUCAACAUCAAGGCCCUCUGCUCACCUCUGGGUGCUGCCCGCCUCUGCCAGUUAGCCAUGGGCUGUGCCGUGAUCGCCAUGGUGACCCACAGUGCCGGCUUCAGUGGCUCUCAUGGCGUGUUCUGCAUGGCGGCGUGGUGCUUCUGUUUCGCCAUGUCGGUGGUGGUGUUCUUCCUGGACGCCACUCGCCUCCACAGCUGCCUCCCCAUAUCCUGGGACAACCUGACAGUCACGUGUGCUGCCUUCGCAACGCUCAUGUACGUCACAGCCUCUGUGGUCUACCCACUGUUCUUUGUUCGCAUCGAGUGCCCGUACGCCGGCUGUCACGUCAGAGACUUCCGCAUCGCCGUCACCGUCUGCUCCAUCCUGUGCACUGUGGCCUACGGAGCUGAAGUGGCCUUGUGCCGAGCCAGGCCGGGCCAGGCUGUUGUGGGCUACAUGGCCACCGUCUCUGGCCUCCUCAAAGUGGUCCAGGGCUUCGUCGCCUGCAUCAUCUUCGGAGCUCUGGCUAACGGCAGCGAGUACUACCACCACGCUGCCACAAUCUACUGCGUCGCCGUCUAUGUUCUCUGCUUCACUCUGACCACACUGAUGGUCAUCAUGACGGUGUGCGGGAGGACCAAAGCUGUGCGCUGCAUGUCCUUUGACCGCUUCGCAGUGGUGUGCACCCUCCUGGAAGUUCUGCUCUACCUGAGUGCGUCAGUGGUGUGGCCAGUAAUCUGCUUUGAUGCUAAAUACGGGUCGCCCUGGAGACCGUCGUCAUGUCCACAAGGGAGGUGUCCAUGGGACAGCAAGGUUGUGGUGGCCGUGUUUUCUUUCAUCAACUUUGGACUGUAUGUGGUGGACCUGAUCUACUCCCAGAGGACAAGAUUUGUCUCCUCAAAUACCCGCGCCAACCCGCGGGUGUAGCACUCGUCUUAGGCCCAUACCUAUAGUCAUAAUUUACUUUACACUUUGUGAUUUUGUACGUGCAUUUAUUUGAUAUUUAAAAGUGGCUGAAGGGGGAGAAAUGGAUAUGAGGCCGAUGCCGCACAUGGUCGUCUAUUGAGGCACUCGGAUCCCCCAAAUUAAAUCUGGAAGUUCUGAGGAAUGUGAACAAUGAAUUUUACCCCUGAGUCUUCUGCCACACCCCAAUGAAGUGACACCUCAUCCCUCUGAUGACCUCUCCUGCCCUCUGAGAGAACGCUCAUCAUCCAAACAGCCAGGACUCACUGUCAUGUCGUACCAAACAAGACACGUUUCCUCUUCCGUCUUGACCUGUAGCAUAAACACACACACAUUAUCCACUAUUCAUCAUGUGUUUGUAUUCAAAUAAUACGUAAAAGUCGCAACUAUAUAUAGCACCUCUGAUACUGGCAUGCGUGGCAUCCCUGUCAUCUGAAAACCGCACAGCAGUGAUCCACAGACAUUACCCCAGCUGCCAGGAAUACACAUGAGCUGCCUGCACUCAUACUGAAGCUGUGAGACAACGCUCAGAAAAGGCCACUGCCUUUAUAAACUCUCCGAGAAAUAAAAACCUUUUUUAGUGACCAAGUGUAACCUCGGAAUGUUGGCCUAUUCUCACAGAAUGAUGACCUGGAUCAACGGGUCUAAUGGAAUAUUCACCUCCCAUUUUACACUGUCUGCUGGACGGCUGGAUGGCUCUUGCGUUAUCUACUCUCAUAAUAAACAAUAUUUAUAAUUUAUUAAAUGUAUUUUCCACAUUAUUAAUAGCUCACAUUGUUGUUUGUGAUGUGAAAUCUGUCUCUCUGUCACAUUAGAGAAUUAUAUUAAAGGCCUAGUGUGUAACAUU